GUUCUCCCUGAGGCAGCCAACCCAACACAAGAAGGGAAGGAUGGGCAGGACCAAAUUCAACGCCUCUUCGCUAAGUUUGACCCAAGCGUGGCUCCGUCAAACAGACUCCUAUUCCUCCCUCCCUCCUUUUACACCUCGACCCUCUCAAUUGACUUGUUCCCACUCUCUGGUCCCGCCCCUUCCCUUCGAGGCCCCGCCCCCAGCGCGCGUGAAUCUGCUGAUCUCGCCGUAGCUGCGGCGGUGGCGGCGACCGCGGUAGUGAGGUGAGGGGAGCAGAGCGGAGCUAUUGCACCAGUCGGCAGAUCCUGGCGGGGCCGGAGAGGGAUGCGGGGGUGGUGAGCUGAGAGCAUUCGAGCUAGAACGAGGCGCUAGGGCGAAUGAAGCUGGGCCCUAGUCCUGCGACGAGAGGCAGCGACCAAAAGAGCAGGAGAGGUGGCCGGCACUAACCGAAGCUUCCUCGGGAGCUCUUCGCUCAGGCUGGGGCCUCGGGGCCAAGCGGGACCCCCGGCCUAAGGUGGGACCCAACAGCCUGGCUUUCCUGCCACCAGGCCCUGCCUUCCCUCUUUGCCGCCUUCGCGGCCCAGAGCUGCCCUCGAGCCCCUCCUUUUCCCUCCACACUACUCCCCUCGUCCCCCCAUUGGGUUCUGGAGAGCACUUCUUGCCCUACGCUUCGGCUGCUCCCAGCCUUUUUUCCAGCUCCUCGAAGCAAUUCUGCCUGGCACUACUUGGGUUGCAGUCUUCUUCAGCUUCUCCCUCACUUCCCUCUCGGCCACUCGUUUUUCUCUUCUGGGAACCAGCCUUCGACUUCGGGGGAUGGACUUUAAGCAAUUACAAAAUACUUUUACAAAUCUUUCUACAAGAAACAUUAAGUAUUUUUUCCUCAAAUACACAGGUGAAUAGCAUUUUUCAUCAUGGAUCUUUUGGAAUUAUCUUGGAUUAUUGUUAUGAUCAGAAGAGGAAAUGAUUUGGUGAUGGAGUGCUUCCACUGACAGAUGGACUCACCGGAGAGAAGCUCAGCAGAGGCAGAAGGAGCCAAAGAAAGAGGCCUAGUCCAUGUCUGGCAGGCAGGAUUCUGCUCUAUAACACCCGAGAGACUGCCGGGAUGGGGAGGAAAGACUGUGCUUCAAGCAGCCUUAGGCGUGAGUCAUGGAGUACUUCUAACUGAAGGUGGUGAAGUCUACAGCUUUGGGAACCUUCCCUGGAGAUCAGAACCAGAAGAGAUCUGUCCAAAGAGUCCUCUUCUAGAAAAUGCUUUGGUUGGACAGCAUGUUAUUACUGUGGCAACAGGGAGCUUCCACAGUGGAGCAGUAACUGAGAAUGGCAUGGUGUACAUGUGGGGGCAAAAUUCUGCUGGCCAGUGUGCUAUUGCUAACCAGCACCAUGUACCAGAACCAACACCCGUCAGUAUUUCUGACUCUGAGACAAGCCCUUUGUUAUCAGUCAGGAUUUUGCAGUUGGCUUGUGGAGAGGAGCACACUUUGGCCCUCUCAAUAAGCAGAGAGAUAUGGGCAUGGGGUACGGGUUGUCAGUUGGGUCUCAUCACCACUACUUUCCCAGUGACAAAACCACAAAAAGUAGAACAUCUCGCUGGGCGAGUAGUGCUCCAAGUGGCCUGUGGUGAUUCCCACAGCUUAGCCCUCGUACAGUGCCUCCCCUCACAGGAUGUAAAGCCAGUCCCAGAAAGAUGUAAUCACUGCAGCCAGCUCCUGAUUACUAUGACUGACAAAGAAGACCAUGUGAUCAUUUCUGAUAGUCAUUGCUGUCCAUUAGGUGUGGCACUAUCAGAAACCCAGGCAGAAAGCCAUGAUGCCAUCACUCCAUCCACAGGGGAGAGUCUGGAAAGCAAAAAUUUAUCCAAAAGCCAGGGAGGAGAAAAGAAGACUCUUAGAGAGAAUGGUUUGUCUGUUGCUUCCGAAGUGAAUAUUGAAAAUAUGCAGCCAGUGAAUGCUGAGGCCACCCACCCUGAACAAGAGAUCACCGAAGCCACAGGCAUUCCCAUUUUGGGAAAUGUGCCAUUAUUCCCUGACAACCACGUAGAGAAAGCAUGCUUACAGAAGUUGUCGGAUGAUUCAUUACAAGGACAUCCUGAGACAGGUGGCGAGGUAGAGGUAGCACAGUCUCUUACUGAAGAACCAAAUCCCAGUCUCCCCAGCCCACCAACCACAAGUACAUCUGCUCUAAACAGCUUAGUGGUUUCCUGUGCCUCCGCGGUUGGUGUGAGAGUAGCGGCUACAUAUGAAGCUGGAGCCCUGUCUCUUAAGAAAGUAAUGAACUUUUAUAGUAUAGCUCCUUGUGAAAGUGGACUUCAGUCAGGCAAUGCUUCCUUGGGCCCAGAAGGAUUAAAGGAUAGCCGAGAAGAGCAGGUUAAACUAGAAUCAAUGCAAGGAAAAAAGAGUUCAAGUCUUGUGGAUAUUAGAGAAGAGGAAUCUGAAGGAGUUAGCAGAAGGCUUUCUCUUCCUGGAUUAUUAUCACAAGUUUCUCCCAGGCUUCUGAGAAAAGCUGCCCGGGCAAAAACACGUACAGUGGUAUUGACACCUACAUAUAGUGGGGAAGCAGAUGCCCUCCUCCCUUCUUUAAGGACUGAAGUGUGGACUUGGGGAAAAGGAAAAGAAGGACAGCUAGGACAUGGUGAUGUUUUGCCUAGACUUCAGCCAUUAUGUGUAAAAUGUUUAGAUGGUAAAGAAGUAAUUCAACUGGCAGCUGGUGGUCAUCAUUCCCUUGCUCUCACUGCUAAAUCCCAGGUUUACUCAUGGGGUAGUAAUACUUUUGGUCAACUUGGUCAUUCAGAUUCUCCAACUACAAUUCCUCGUCUGGCAAAGGUGUGUGAUGAAAAUGGAAUCUGGAGUAUAGCUGCUGGGCAGGAUUAUUCCCUUUUUUUGGCAGAUACAGAUGAUUUCCAGCCUGGAUUGUAUUACAGUGGUCGGCAAGAACCUGCUGAAAGUGAUCAUGAUAUUUGUACUAAGACUGCAUCACUGCUGGGAUCCUGUAGUAAACUUGGGUACAUAAGCAGUGUGACAGCAGGAAAAAACAGCUGCCUAGCUUUGGUGGACAAAAAUAUUAUGGGAUAUAUUGCCAGUCUUCAUGAGCUGGCCACUACAGAAAGACGGUUCUAUUCAAAACUGAGUGAUAUUAAAUCCCAGAUUCUCAGACCCCUCCUAGGUUUAGAAAAUUUGGGUACCACCACUACAGUCCAGUUGUUGCAGGAUGUGGCAAGCAGAUUCAGCAAGCUGUGUUACCUGAUUGGUCAGCAUGGAGCCUCUCUGAGCAGCUUUCUUCAUGGAAUUAAGGAAGCCAAGAGUUUGGCCAUCUUGAAGCAUGCAAGUCUCUUCUUGGAUAGUUAUACAGAGUAUUGCACAUCUAUUACAAAUUUUGUGGUUAUGGGAGGAUUCCAACUUCUGGCCAAGCCAGCUACUGACUUCUUAAAUAAAAACCAAGAGUUAUUACAAGACUUAUCAGAGGUGAAUGAGGAAAAUAUCCAAUUGGUGGAACUGCUAAACACUUUGUUUUUUUUGCCAAUCAGACGUCUUCAUAAUUAUGCUCGAGUUUUGCUAAAGCUUGCUACUUGUUUUGAAGUGACAUCUCCAGAGUAUCAUAAACUGCAGGAUUCCAGCUCUUGUUAUGAGACUCUUGCUCUCCAUCUCGGCAGGAAAAGGAAGGAAGCAGAAUACACACUGGGCUUCUGGAAGACCUUUCCUGGGAAAAUGACGGAUUCCUUGAGGAAACCAGAACGUAGACUAAUCUGUGAGAGUAGUAAUCGAGCAUUAUCUCUACAACAUGCUGGUAGAUUCUCUGUGAAUUGGUUCAUUCUCUUUAAUGAUUCUUUGGUCCAUGCCCAGUUCUCCACACAUCAUAUUUUCCCCUUAUCUACUCUGUGGGUUGAGCCUAUUUCAGAAGAAGUUGGUAGUGUGAAUGGCUUAAAGAUAACAACACCUGAAGAACAAUUUAUUCUUGUUUCAUCAACACCACAGGAAAAAACUAAAUGGUUACGGGCUAUAAGCCAAGCUGUGGAUCAAGCUCUCCGUGGUAUGUCUGAUUUUCCCCCAUAUGGAAGUGGAAGCAGUGUUCCCAGGCAAGAGCCUCCUAUUUCACGAAGUGCCAGAUACACUUUCUACAAGGACCCUCGACUAAAGGAUGCCAUUUAUGAUGGACGAUGGCUUUCAGGGAAACCCCAUGGCAGAGGGACUCUGAAAUGGACUGAUGGAAAGAUGUAUUCUGGUAUGUUCAGAAAUGGUCUGGAAGAUGGGUAUGGGGAAUACAAAGUCCCAAAUAAAGCACUGAACAAGGAUGACCAUUAUGUGGGAUAUUGGAAAGAAGGAAAAAUGUGUGGUCAAGGAGUCUACAGCUAUGCCAAUGGAGAGGUAUAUGAAGGCUGCUUUCAGGAUAACAUGCGUCACGGUCAUGGCCUUCUACGCAGUGGUAAACUGACUUCUUCUUCUCCCAGUAUGUUCAUUGGCCAAUGGGUGAUGGAUAAAAAGUCUGGAUAUGGUGUAUUUGAUGAUAUCACAAGGGGAGAAAAAUAUAUGGGAAUGUGGCAAGAUGAUAUGUGUCAGGGGAAUGGUGUGGUAGUUACCCAGUUUGGAUUAUACUAUGAAGGAACAUUUAGCCUUAAUAAAAUGAUGGGAACUGGUAUUUUACUCUCAGAAGAUGAUACUGUCUACGAGGGAGAAUUUUCAGAUGACUGGACACUUAAUGGAAAGGGAACACUGACUAUGCCAAAUGGUGAUUACAUUGAAGGUCUUUUCAAUGGGGAAUGGGGAUCUGGGAUAAAAAUUACUGGAACAUACUUCAAACCCAGUUUGUACGAGAGUGAGAAAGACCACCCCAAAAUUCUUAGGAAACUAGGAAACCUGGCAGUGCCUGCUGAUGAGAAAUGGAAAGCAGUAUUUGAAGAAUGCUGGCACCAGUUAGGCUGUGAGAACCCAGGCCAGGGAGAACUCUGGAAAGCAUGGGACAACAUCGCUGUAGCCCUAACCACCAAUCGUCGCCAGCACCGAGAUAGUCCAGAGAUAUUAAGUCGUUCACAUACCCAGACAUUGGAAAGUUUGGAAUUCAUUCCACAGCAUGUUGGUGGUGCCUUCACUGUCGAGAAAUAUGAUGAAAUAAAGAAAUACUUAAUAAAGGCUUGUGACACUCCUCUGCACCCUUUGGGUCGUCUCAUAGAAACCUUGGUUGCAGUGUAUAGGAUGACCUAUGUGGGAGUGGGAGCUAAUCGGCGAUUAUUGCAAGAAGCUGUGAAAGAGAUUCAGUCCUACCUUAAGCGUAUUUUCCAGCUGGUCAGGUUCCUAUUUCCUGAUCUUCCUGAAGAGGGCAGCACAAUUCCAUUGUCUGUUCCUCUACCCCAGGAAAGGAAAUCUUUCUGCACAGGAAAGUCUGAUUCUAGGUCAGAAUCUCCAGAACCAGGCUAUGUGGUCACGAGUUCUGGGUUACUGCUGCCUGUACUGUUACCUCGACUCUACCCACCACUCUUUAUGCUGUAUGCCUUGGAGAAUGAUAGAGAGGAAGAUAUUUAUUGGGAGUGUGUUCUUCGACUCAACAAACAGCCAGACACUGCUCUCCUGAGCUUUCUUGGUGUGCAAAGGAAAUUUUGGCCAGUGACUUUGUCGGUCUUUGGAGACACUAAAAAGGUUUUGCCUACUACAAAAGAUUCCUGUUUUGCCUCAGCAGUAGAAUGUCUACAACAAAUCAGCACUACAUUUACUCCAUCAGACAAACUUAAAGUUAUCCAUCAGACUUUUGAAGAGAUAUCUCAGAGUGUCCUUGCUACGCUUCAGGAAGACUUCUUGUGGUCCAUGGAUGACCUGUUUCCCGUUUUCUUAUAUGUGGUGCUACGGGCCAGGAUUAGGAACUUGGGAUCUGAAGUGCAUCUCAUUGAGGAUCUGAUGGAUCCAUAUCUCCAGCAUGGGGAACAGGGAAUCAUGUUCACUACCUUGAAGGCAUGUUACUUUCAGAUCCAGCGGGAGAAGCUGAACUAAAGCCCUGCCACCAGGAAGCCGGAUGGUGUGUGGAUCCGGGACUGCAUCCGGAGCUCAGCCUUCCCCCGAGGAGCCCAGAACACCCCCCCCCCCCCCAAAGCCACAGAGGACCUUGUGCUCCUGCAUGCGAGCUCCACCAAUGGAGCGGCGCCUGAGCUCCCAAAAGGGCUGCGGCGGAGAAGCCGGGAGGAGGCCUCAUGGGGCAGCACGGAGAGAUGCCACCGGCUCCCGGGCUGCACCUGCCCGAUCCAGGACCACCUUCUCAGAGCCCACGUCUGGCCGCAGCGUUGGGGACGGGAGCCGCAGACUCGGCGUGGAGCCUCUGGGGCUUCUUGGGAAGUCUGUGAAUACUCUGAGCUCCUGGUUAUUUCAGUUCUCUUGGCACUGACUGGAUCCCUUCUCAAGAAUCAGAUUGUACCUUGAAACCACACUUUGCCUUCUUAAAUUCUUUUCAAUCAUGGGUUUAUCUUGUGUUUUUACUGAGAGAGAAAAGAGAAUUCUAGCCUGCACUUUUAACCUUUCCAAAGCUUGUCCCCGGAACCCUCCUGCAUGGUGGAAAGGCCUGUGAUCAUGACUGUCCCUGUUCAUUGAGUACGAGGCGCGCGCCAGGGGCCCCUCCUGCUGUCUCUGAAUAGAAAAAAUGGAAAUUCUGUCUUCAUUUCCUUACCACACUGCUGGGAAGGACGGCAUCGACCGACACUCAAACACUAACAGAGAAGCUGUGAAGGCCGCGUGCAGGCCUGGGCAGGAGGCUGCAGCGGGAGCGCCGAGAGACCCGAAAGGAGGCCGUUGUCACCCCGUCCCACCCCCACACUCACAGGGAGCAAAAACCAGACUGGUUGGACGUUCCUGUUUCAGAAGUAUUGUGACCCGAGAAUCUCAGUGUUUUCCUUUUUUAAACUUGCCCAGAGUGGUUUCAGGGGAUUGGGUUCCGGUGUGCCCUUGUGAGUCCGGGUGGUGCUCUUCUUCGUCCUGUCCCUUCCACGCGAGGGGCCGCUGCAGGAAACACCCCUCCGGCUCACAAGGCCAAGGAGCGCCGUGGAGCCCCAUCACAAGCGGAAUCGUGGUCCGUGCCCUCCCUGGAUCAGGCAAAACCAGUUAAAAUACCGUUUGGGAAUGCUGGCUGUCACAGAGCAGCAGUUUUCAUAAUAAAACAUGUUCUCUUUCUGAA